AGCAGGUUUAUUCUGCAUCUUUCAGCAAAGAUACACACCAUGGAGAACAGGCAGUUUCUUUUCCUCUUUCUCUUUAAUUUUGCACACUGUCUCACAUUCACACUUUGUUCCACCUUGGAGAAAAUGUCGAGGUCUCACUCGCACUCGAUCUUUCUGUACCGGUUAACUUGACAAAAUGUAACAGAUGUAACAGAACACACAGUUUUCCUUAACAUUGAGUUGGGCUGCUGCCAACAGGGCCUCAGUACGAGAAGAAGAAAAGACCAGCAGACAUCCAACAAAAAGUGUUGUAGGAGAUGCGAGGUCAAAGGAUUGACGUAGAGCAGCUUCUCAGGCAGUCACAGGCUGAACUGCUGUGGAUCCAGCGACAGCUGUCAAUCAUAGCAACAGGAGAUGCCAAUCACGCCAGGGCCCGAAAGAAGCUGAAGCAGGAGGCCCAGCCGUUCCACCUGGCCUCUCACGCAACUCACCAUGUGAAUCGCUGCCGCCUCCUAGAGGAUAAGAACAGAGCUCUUCAAAUAGAGCUAGCCACUCUCAGACAGCAGAAACGGCAACACAGAUCUCUGGAGUCAGAGGUCAACGAGCUGAGGAAAAGGUGUCAGAUCCUUGAGAGAGAAGUGAAGAAUAAGACAUUAGAAUGUAAGACUUUGAAGAAUGAGCUUCAGGAUGCUUUGCUGGAGAGAAAACAGCUCAAUCGUGAGCUGCUUAGUCACACCCUGAAGGCCACACAGUAUGAGAAGGUAAAGUCAGAUUAUGAUCAGCUCAGGAAGGCUUUUGUUUGUGUGAGUCAAGAGAGAGACUCUGCCAGGCAGGAGAAGGCUCAGCUCCAAGACAAACUGGAGAACCUUGAACAGGUCCUUAAGCAUAUGCGAGAGGCUGCAGAUCGGCGGCAGCAACUGGAAGCAGAGCAUGAGAAGGCCUUGGCUUUCCUCAACUCCAGACAGCAGGAGAUCAAUCUUCUGCAGAAGGUUCAGGCUGAAGCUGAAAAAGAGCACGAAGAAGUGGUGCAUCUGCUAGAGGUCAAGGUUCAUGACUUAGAGCAGAAAUGCCGGACACAGAGUGAGCAGUGCAACAUUUUGUCGAAAGAGCUGGAGAAAUAUCACCUGGGGUCAGACGCGGAGGAUACACUCAACACUGACUCACAGGAGAAAAGCUUGUGCAACAGUUACAACAGCCUGCAGCGCCAGGCCAAAAAAAGUGAUGAGAGAUCUGACAGAUCUCCACUGGUCUCAGAACUGCUCAUAGUACAGCAACACAAGAGAGACAAGCCCACCGUCCAAACCCAGAGUCGAUCCAGCAGCCCCAUGCAAGCAUCCCUCUCAGAGAUGGACAAUGAGGUGAGCCCAGCUCCGAGGUCCAAGACAAGAUACACAGGCCAGGUCCGUCUCUGCACUGCCCGAUACAGUUAUAAUCCCUAUGAUGGACCUAAUGAGCAUCCAGAAGCAGAGCUCCCUCUUGUGGCAGGGAAGUAUUUGUACGUAUAUGGAAACAUGGACGAUGAUGGAUUUUAUGAAGGAGAGCUCUUGGAUGGCCAGCGUGGCCUGGUUCCCUCUAAUUUUGUGGAGUUUGUCCAGGACAAGGAAAAGCCAUCUAUCGAGGGUGGAGAGGAGCAGGGCAGGCUGGAGCAGAGCUGUCUGAGUCUGGCAACCAUAGAUGGAGGCGGUCCUCUGGACAGCCUAAGCAGCGAUGCUCUCAGCCACUGCAGCAACGGGACAGGCGCAAUGGAUGGAGAGGAGCUGAGUGAUGACAUCGUGCCUUACCCCAGGAAGAUAAACCUGAUCAAACAGCUGGCAAGAAGUGUGAUAGUGGCCUGGGAAGCGCCUCUAGUGCCCCUUGGCUGGGGCAACAUCAACUGCUACAAUAUCUUAGUGGAUGGGGAAGUACGUUCCUCGGUGCCAUUUGGAGGCAGGACCAAACUGCUUCUCGAAAAGCUGGACCUGGCUGCCUGCACAUACCGUGUGUCGGUACAGAGCGUGACGGACAGGGGGCUCUCUGAUGAGUUGCGCUGCACCUUGCUGGUGGGCCGCAAUGUUGUGGUGGCACCCACCCAUCUGCGCAUGGAUGAUAUUUUACGUGACUCUGCUGAACUUUCGUGGCUGCCCAGUGAUAGUAACUACGGGCAUGUUGUGUACUUGGAUGGUGUGGAGCAUGCUGUGGUUAAGCCGUGCUCUUACAAACUGCGUUUUGUGAACCUGAAGGCCGCCACAGUAUACAAAGUAAAAGUGUUGGCCAAACCUCACCAGGUGCCCUGGCACAUGCCUCUAGAACAGAGAGAGAAGAGAGAGGCUGGGGUGGAGUUCUGCACCCAAGCUGCAGGACCCCCUCUGCCUCCCCAAGAAGUCCAGGUCCAAUGUGGACAAGCCCCAGGUGUCCUCCAAGUUCGUUGGAAGCCACCUCCAAUGACACCCAUGGGAACCUCCAAUGGUGCAAAUGUCAUUGGCUACGCAGUGUGCACUAAGGGUCAGAGGAUUGCUGAGGUGUUGUAUCCACUGGCAGACUAUGUGGCAAUAGAACUGAACCGUCUCCAGUGCUUGGAGGCCCGUGAGGUUAUUGUCAGGACUUUAUCAGCACAAGGGGAAUCUCAAGACUCCCAUGUCGCCGUCAUUCCAAACCACCUGCUGGUGCCUCUUCCCAAAACCCUUCCUCCUUCUCACCACUUACAAUCACCUCUCCCACCCCAGCAGUCCCAGCCAAUGGCUUCUCAUCCCCAAAUCCGGGCCCUUCCCCCUAACCCUGGACUACAACCACCCACCCAUCUCCAACCCCUUCCUGUUCGCCCCAACCAGCCCCCAUCUCAUCUCCAUCCACACCGUAUGCCCCACCCCACACAGCCCUCUCCACCUCACCUCCAGCCUUUACCACCACACCCCAUCCCUCAACCCCAGCCCACCAUCCCAAUGCCCCAGCCUCAGACAUCCAUGCCCAUGCCCCAACCCCAGCCCCAGCCAUCCAUGUCUAUGCCUCAGCCCCAACAGCCCAUGGCCAUGCCCCAACCCCAGCCGGCCAUCCCCAUGCUUCAACCUCAACCAGCUAUCCCGAUGCCCCAGCCUCACAUUCCCCAACUGUCCCUUCCUCAAUCCCAAAGACCACUAAGUGCCAGAGAGCUGGAAACCAAAGAGCCAGGGCCUGGAAUGCAUCAUCAUGGAGGGGGCCCACCUCAGCCAUGGGAGCCUGGCUGUUCCCCAUCAGGCAUGCCCACAGGCCUGCCACAUGUACACACCCUAGAUGCCCCCGCCUGCCCGAACCGCCGCUCCCCGUCACCUCAAAGGAUCCUCCCCCAGCCCAGGGGUACACUCAUUCCUGACACUGUGGCCAAGGCUAUUGCCCGAGAGGCAGCCCAAAGAGUGGCUGCAGAGAGUGGACGGAUGGAGAUGAGAAGCCAGGGCUUUCACUCUCAAAAUUCAGAUGAGGAAGAGGAUGAGGAAAGCUAUCAGGCCCGCAGAAGAGGAGCAUCUGUGGAUGACUUCCUCAGGGGCUCAGAGCUGGGCAGGCAGUCUCUUUACAGUCACAGCGAAGAGUUUCAUACAGAGAGCAGUCGAGGCUCGGACCUCUCGGACAUCAUAGAAGAGGAAGAGGAGGAGUUGUAUUCUGAAAUGCAGCAUGAAGAAGGCAGGCGACGAAACUCCCACAAUGCACUCAAGACCGGAGGCAGCACUCCAUCUUCGAGUCAUCUGGAUCGGGAAUCAUACCGGAAGGCAUCUCACCGAGAUCCUCAACCUCAGCGCCGCCCCCUCACGGUCCCAUCCAUUGAGAUAACCACUGAGAGUAACAGUGAAGGGAACCUCUCUCCCGUCAAGGAGGAUGUUUACUAUGGCAGUGUAGCGCAACAAAGGACAUGGUCCUCUCAAAGGCACGGGGGACGCAGGCCUCCUUAUGAUGGAUACCGGGACCGAAGCCGCCGCUCUCCCCCGUACUAUGAUGAGUCUGAGCAGGAGGAUCUGUUUCGAAUCUUUGUGGCACUCUUUGACUAUGACCCUCUCUCCAUGUCCCCUAACCCUGAUGCAGCUGAUGAGGAGCUCCCUUUUAAAGAGGGACAGAUAAUCAAGGUGUUUGGGGAUAAGGAUAAUGAUGGCUUUUAUCGUGGGGAGAUCCGGGGCAGGUCUGGACUUAUUCCCUGUAACAUGGUUUCGGAAAUCCGUGCAGAGGAUGAUGAAACUAUGGAGCAGCUCAUGAAACAGGGAUUCCUCCCUCUCAACACUCCUGUAGACAGAAUAGAACAAAAUAAAAGAGGUCGCCACCCAGUGGCCACAAGACGAAUGGUAGCCCUGUAUGACUACGACCCCAGAGAGAGCUCCCCAAACGUGGAUGUUGAGGCUGAACUGACAUUCUGUGCUGGUGAUAUUAUUGCUGUUUUUGGGGAUAUAGAUGAAGACGGCUUCUAUUAUGGUGAGCUUAAUGGACAUCGAGGCUUGGUUCCAUCCAAUUUUCUCGAAGAAGUGCCUGAUGACGUGGAGGUCUAUCUGACAGACACUCCCUCCCACCACGGUCAGGACGAGCCCAAUUCAGUACCGGCACUGCACCCAGAGACCAAACGGGUGCCUGUGGAAAGUACAGUUCCAGCUCCGCCCCCUGGAAGACCCGCCUCUCCCACUGUGCGUCCUUUGCUUCCCGUUGGCCCAGUCAGGCCCCUGAGCCCCGCCAGGGGUCCACGAGACCUGGCAUCUAAAAAGAAAAAAGGACUGCUCUCUAAGGGGAAGAAUCUGCUCAAAAAGUUCUCAAAGUAAAAGUAUGAGAUUGAUUUCAAAUUCAUAUGGCUACAACAGCAUACAGAUUUCUCUGUCAAAAGGGAAACGACCAAUCCCCAGAGUUUCGAAAAAGUCUACCAUGAUUUUUUUUUCUCUCUCUCUCACACACACAAAAUGUAAUAUAAACGGCUUUCACAUUAACAUGCGACAUACAUAUUCUGAAAAAGAUCUAAUAUCCAGAUGAAAAGGAAUGGCGUAUAUAAAGAUGUCACUCUUAUGUCAGUGAGCUUGCUAAUUGGCUGUCAGAAUGAAAGCAUCUAUUCAUACUGUGAUGUAGAGGACAAAGAGGAAAUUAUUAAUAUUUAAGGAAUUCAUUCAAUUAUAAUUUUCACAUUUCAAAUCAAAGUGCUGGAUUUUGAAUGAAAUAUUUAAUCUCAUCGAUUUUAGUUUGGUAUAGCACUUUAAAUAUGGUCUGACGUUGUCAGUCAAAUAGCGGUAAAUGAUAAAAAACCUCCAGACCAUAUUAAGUGCAUUAGCUGAAAAACAAACAGGACCACAAUCAAAAGAAGUAUUUCCAUAGAAAGAUGUGUAAUUUGCAAAAUGGCAUAACUGACCGGAACAGUUUAUGAGCAAAUCCUUUUAAACAUUGCUGUGGCCUUCAUCUAAACUCAGUAAGUACAGUAUUACAUCUGAUGUUUCCAUACAUCAGUCUUUGCCAAGUAUCCUCCCUUUCACUUGCUCUAAGAUAUCCCUUUCCUGCGUUAAUCAAGAGAAUGACUCUGAAGUUAUAAAAAUACAAUGAAAAGUUUCUGUGUUUGCCUUUCAAUGCACAAUUUGGUGUGUUUUGGUGAAUGGCUUGUGUGUAUGUAUGUGUGUGUGUGUGUGUCUCCCCUCUGCAUACAUGUUCGUGCAACCCCUUAUAACUGAAAAGGGACAAAUGUUGUUAUAAACUUUUGUGAUGAUGUGAUGUGCUGCUAAUUACAAGUUGUUUCCUGUUCCUUUCAGUAAGGGUGGUGUCGUCUUCAGAAGAAGAAAUAUUUGAGCAAAGAUGGUGUCUAUAGGUGUCUCCUCGAAUUUCACUUUCUAAGGGCCGGUUUACACAGAAUGCAUUUUUGUGAUGUUUUUAAAAAAAAUAUCUAUAUUUUCAAUGUAAACAUGCGAAAGACUGAUGUUUGACACUCAUUCUCGUUUGUUUUUUAAAAGCAAACGCAGCUUGACUAAACGCAUAGAAACACUGUGUUCUUUGCCGAUCCAUUUUAAACACAAGAGUGCGUUCUGUAUAAACAGAUUUUCAUCCAAAAAUGACGUUUCUGUCAUUAUUUCUCAUUCUUCCUCUGUGGAACAUAAAAGAAAAUAUUUUGAGAAAUUUCUCUCACUCUCUCUCUCUUUAGUCCCCACAAUGGAAAACUUCAGAUGCCAACAUUCUUCAAAAUAGGCCUAUCUUAUUUUAUGUUUCACAGAAGAAAGAAGUGAUACAGGUUAGAACGACACUUUCAUUUUUGGGUAAACAACCCUUUAAACACUGGUUACACAAAUGGGUCAUGGCUGGUUAUGAGAACAUCAUCUAUAGGCCUAAAUGACAUAUCCUUGCCACUGUUAUUAUUGGCUGUUUUUCCUGAGGUCUUUGCUUGCUAUGGUAGAAUCAAACUCUUUAUAAUACAUAUUCUCAGCUACCAAAAUACAGGUUAAGUAAUACCCUCAGGCAAAACUACCUAUGAUGGCUCAGUUGUCUCAAGCUAUAAUCUAGUAGUUUACAUUAGGGGUGAAAUCAACACGAAACAUCUUGCCCCUGCAACUGGAAAUGCCAGGUAGAGCCAACCUUUGGUGGCAUCUCACAAUAAUGUGGCCAGUUGGAUUGCACUCUUGAAUGGUUUGAUCCAGGGUAAAUACUGUGUGUGUUAGAGGUUUUUUUUUUUUUUUUUUUUUUUAAUCUUUAAAAAAGAUUAUAAUAAAAGUAUACUAUAUUUAAGCAUUUUAAUUAAAAAUUAAGACAUUAACUUGUGGUGAAUGGUAUUUAUUUGUUGUAGAUGAAAAACAUGGAGGGUUCUAAUAAUAAUAAUAAUAAUAAUAAUAAAUAAAUAAAUGGUUGGAUAGCCAAAAAGAAUGUAUGAAAUGUUCAGUUGCCUGUAUAGCUCGCAACAUCAUUUUGCCAUAAAAAUAAAUAAAUAAAUAAAAUAAAAGAGAUUACAUAUAUUUUCAUUUAACAGAAAUAUCUCUAUUAUUCAUGAAUCAUGAAUCCCAAGUGUUUGUGACUGGAUGUUAUAAGUGUUAAUUUCUCGGUUACUCUUUUGUACACCAUUUGUAGAUAAUUUAUAAAUGUUUAUACUUAAUUUAAAGAUUUUAAGACUUUUUUUUUAAGAUUUAAGAUUUAAUAUUCUACAGUGUAAGUGUUCUCCGUGGUGUCUUCAAGAAAAGAUGCUCAAGACUGCAAUUCCGUGCUUGCUCUGUGAAUUAAAGAGAAAAAAGAACGUGUUGGUCUAUAUUUACUGAUAUGGACUACUGGGUGGCUGUGCAUGUGUAGAACUGUGUAAAAUAUACAUUUUCUAUGAAAAUAAAUGUGAUAUUUUUCAUAA